AUGGGACAUUUAGCUUCGCUCUCCACAGCUUUACUCAUCUGCCUUCUUCCAAGGGACAAGAAACUGACCCUUGAUCAGAGGCUACUCAGUGCUAAUCUUUACAAGCGAGCAAAGGCAUUUUCCCUUAAAAAUCAGCGAACAAAAACGCGGCUCCGCGGAGCUUCGACGACCCCCGGCUUCAGGACGGCGGCGAGGCUCCUGGCUGACGGCGCGUCCGAGUCCGCGCAAGCCACGCAAGGCCCGGCGGCCUGGGAGCGGCGGGACGCCGACGCGCUGCGGCGCUUCCGGGGGCUGCUGCUGGACCGGCGCGGCCGGCUGCACGGCGAGCGACUGCGCCUGCGCGAGGUGGCGGCCAACAGGGCGGGCAGCUCGCUGAGCGCGGCGGGCGCCGUGGGUGCAGUCGUGGGGCUAUCCCUAAGCCCGGUCACGCUAGGGGCCUCGCUGCUGGCGUCGGGCGUGGGGUUGGGGGUAGCCACGGCCGGAGGGGCCGUCACCAUCACGGCCGACCUCUCCCUGAUCUGCAACUCCCGGGAGCUAUGGAAGGUGCAGGAGAUCGCGGCCACGUGCCAGCACCAGAUGCGGGAGCUCCUGAGCUGCCUCGAGUUCUUCUGCCGCUGCCACGGGCGCGGGGGCCGCCAGCUGCUGCAGAGCGGCAGGAACGCCUCCAUGGCCCUGUACAACUCCGUCUACUUCAUCGUCGUCUUCGGCUCACGCGGCUUCCUCGUCCUCAGGCGGGCAGAGGGGGCCACCAGGGUGAGCCAGGCCGUGCUGAAGGCCAAGAUUCAGAAACUGGCCGAGAGCCUGGAGUCCUGCACGGGGGCCCUGGACGAACUCAGCGAGCAGCUGGAGGCCCGGGUCCGGCUCUGCACCAAGUCCAGCCUCGGCCACGACCUCAAGGUCUCAGCUGACCUGCCCGCGGGGCUGUUUUUCUGAGACCAUCCUUUCCCGCCCAUGACCGAGGCCAGACGCCAUCCCCAUGGGAUGCUCCAAAUCUGUAACUCCUGCAGGAAAACCCUGAGCUGAGUGCAAAGACUGAGAAAAGCUGUGCCAAGCGGGAGGGUCUCCAAGGCCCUUUAUCCUCUCGUGUGACUUCCUGCCUGGGCUUGGGGGCUGCAGACUUUUGCGUGUUCCUGAGGGACUAUGUGAACUGAAACAUUUUCCCUUUUUCUGUCUUCCACAGUGGGGAGACACUCCUGUUUCAGUCUUUGGGGUGGGACAGAGGAGGCAAGGGCUCACUACCAUGGUGGCUUUUAUUUUUAAAUUUUUAUUUAUUUCUUAUUUAUUUGAAAGGCCGCGAGACAGAGACAGAUAGCGAUCUUCUGUCUACCGCUUCACUCUCCAGAUGCCUGCUGCAGCCAGGGCUGGGUCAGGCAGAAGCAAGUAGCCCAGAAAUCAAUCUGGAUUUCCCACGUUGGUGGUAGGGAUUCACGUUCUUGGAACAUCACUUGCUGCCUCCUAGAGUGUGCAUCAGCAGAAUGCUGCAUUGGAAGCAGAGCUGGGCCUGGAAUCCAGGCACUCUGACAUGGGAUGAGGCCCCUGCACCAUAUGCCUGCCCUUGCUCUGGUGGUUUGAGCUGAAACUGGAGAGGAUACCCCCACUCUGGGUCCCCUCCAAAUUCCACUAGGCUUUGAUGUCCUCAAAGUGCCCCUAAGAGGAGACACCUGUUUUUAAGCCUCUCUUCCAGAGUUUGUGGUAACAAGGAAUUUCAGAAUCCAGAGCAAACCUGCGCCUCAUUAAGCUUCAUAGGAAGAUUCAGGAUCCAGAGAGAAACCUGGAACUGGCUUGGCCCGCUCCUCCCUCCAGUAUCCUGGGAAUGGAGCUGACUUUUCCUGGUUGGCUUCAAGCCAGACCUGCAGGUGCUUCUAGAGGGGAGGCCAGCUGAGCAGUCAUGGAGUCCUGCCUGUUGUAUGAAGAAGCUGAGGCCAGAAAGCAGGGAGGUCACUGACCCCUUCAGUCCCUGCCAUGGAGUUCAGGGAAGAGAGUGGUGGGCUGUGAGUCAGACACUGUGAGUUUAUUAAAGGCUUUGUGAACAAUGGCAUGGCCUGGGCCACCUGAUCUCUCCCAGACUGGAUUCCUGUCCUGUAAAACAGUGCAUACAACCUCUCAGCCAGUUGUGAAGAUUGAGUUCAGUGCCUGGCUCACCAAGUAUGGUCCUUGGACUGGCAAAUGAGCAUUGCCUGACAUCUUGUUAGAAAGGCAAAUUCCUGGGCAGAACCCUGAUAGACAAAUCAGAAUCUCUGGAUAUGGGGCCCAGCAGCCUGAGGUAAUAGAAGCCCUCUGGGUGAUUCUGCAGGCUAAGGUUUUGAAACCACUGUAACAAAUGCUGAUUUCUGAUCUUCUUCCAGAGGUCUCAUGGCCUUUCUGGAAACACCAAGUCUUCAGGUCUUUUGCAGGUGGUCCAGAGUAGACUGCGUCCCAGAAACAAAAGAAUGUGUGGUGGCCACUAGGUAGUGCACCCUGGACAGUUUCUCACUCUAGGAGCUGAGGGACGUUAACACCAGAAAUCCUUUCGGGGGCAGUGUUGCCCACUCAUUGUGGAAACUGGCACAGAAAGAAAUGUGAAUUUGUUGGAAACUGACCUAUCUCUAUAUUUUUUAAAACUUAUUUUAAGUUUGUUAUUUAAUUAUUAUUUGAUUUUAAUUUUAUUUAAUCACUACAUUUAGAAAAUUAUUAGCUGGCCGGCGCCACGGCUCACUAGGCUAAUCCUCCGCCUUGCAGCACCAGCACACCGGGUUCUAGUCCUGGUCGGGGCGCCGGAUUCUGUCCCGGUUGCCCCUCUUCCAGGCCAGCUCUCUGCUGUGGCCAGGGAGUGCAGUGGAGGAUGGCCCAAGUCCUUGGGCUCUGCACCCCAUGGGAGACCAGGAUAAGUACCUGGCUCUUGCCAUCGGAUCAGCGCGGUGCGCCGGCCGCGGCGGCCAUUGGACGGUGAACCAACGGCAAAGGAAGACCUUUUUCCCUCUCUCUUUCACUGUCCACUCUGCCUGUCAAAAAAAAAAAAAAAGAAGAAAAUUAUUAGCAAGUUAUGAAUGGGAGACUACUCUUUUCAAGAGAAUUUCACUUCCAUGAGGUUGAGUUUGACUUUGGAGGGCAGAGCAAGAGCUGGAAACAGCAUUGUGCUCUUUGAAGAAGUCUCUUCUUCAGAGGGAAUUAUGUUUUUUUUUUCUUUCUAGUUUUAAAUGAUAGCUUAAAGCAAAUCACAGGGAAUUGUGAAAAGAAAGAGCAGGAGUUGAGUGUUAAGUUUGUCAGUGGAGUCUGGAAGUGUGGCAUAGAUCCAUGAUAACACGUGUUUAUCCUGAAGGUACUUUGCCAGAAGAUAGCACUUGACCUGGAAGGGGAGCCUAUUUAGUUCAGGGAAAAAAAAUGAGAACAUAUGAAGGAAGCACUUAGACCUUGGGAACCUGAUGUCCUAUGAAAUCACAUCUUACUUAUGAUGGACAAAAUAGCUUGUGUUGAGGUGGGGAUGUGCCAUGCUUUCACUUUGGGGCAGUAAGAAACUUGUCAGCUAUGUGUAAGAAAAUAUUUAGUUCUUCAAUUUCCAUUCCUACAACUGCAAUGUUGAAAAAUAUGUUGAAAAGUCAUUGGGACCACACACAGUCAACUUGGUUGUGUUGUUUGAUUACUGUGUGCCAUGCAUUUACCCAGCCUACCCCAUUGCCUUGCAGUGAGGCCAUGUGUCUAAGGGAAGGAUUGGUGUUUUAUAUUUUUAUUUUUCCCAUAAACUGUAGUUGGUCUGUAAGUUGGUUUAUUUUGAAGUAGAUAUUGGUUUGUAUUGAGCUGUGUCAUUUUCUUGAUUGGCUUGCAUAGAUGUUAGCAUUUUAGACUCAGAAUAUACUUUGUGUUGUUUGUAUUAUAUCAUAAAGGUACAGUCAUUCCCUAACUCCAUCUUUUAUGAAUGCUUAAGUUUGGAUUAUAUUUUUCUGAUACCUGAUCUGUUCCCUGUAAAUAAACUGGCCACUUCCAGAAACAGGAGCAGGGGGAGCUUUUCCUGUCAUUAGGGUAUUUGAGUAUACUGAAGUCCUGAACGCCUGAUGUUAUAUUUUAUAAUUUUUUGAAAUUUAUAAUUACAGCAGCCCACUUUAUUUCUACAGAAGAUUGUCUGCUUGAGAACAACACUUUGCCCAUAAGGAGAACUCAGUUAAUGCAUUUGAGUAAAUAACCACUUAGCUGUGUUAACAAGAAUUUGGUAAUAAAAAGACACACCCUUCCUUGUGUUUCUCUUAUGAAAAUUGGAGCCUCUGCCAGGAUUUAUCAAAAUACUUUAAAUGAAAAAAAGAAAAAAAAAUGGUAUCCUCUCCCCCUCGCUGUUCAUGAUCUUGUAUUUAAAAAAGCUGCCACACUCUGGCUCUC